GUCGAGCUGCGAGAGCUUCGCGUGCGCGUCAAUUCUCUGCGCAAGCUCCCAGAUCUCUCCAGCAACCGCGAUUUGCUGGUACUAGACGUGCAGGAGAACAAAUUGUGCGAGCUGCCCUUCCUGCACAACAACCUUCACUUGCAGCAUUUGAACGUGGAGCGUAACGAGAUUCACGAGCUGCCUUCGCUUGACACGAACUUUGCGUUGAAUUACCUGUUUGUUUCCUCGAAUCGUCUCACCAGGCUUCCAGACGUGUCCAGUAACACCCAGCUGGUCUCGAUAAUCGCCAACGCGAAUAUGUUGACUGCUUUGCCUCCCCUGCAGUCAGCGUUGGGCCUUCAGCAGCUGUCUGUUUGGGGCAAUAGGCUGGAAGAAAUUCCGAACCUGGAUGCGAAUGCGAAAUUGGGCUUUCUUGACGUUGGGCAGAACAACCUUCGAGCUUUGCCUUCGCUCCUCCAUGCGCCCGAGCUCACAGUUCUCAGGGCGUCCUUCAACCGCUUGCAGGAGCUUCCUCCAGUCAGCCCGCAUGCGAAACUGGACAUACUUCAC